AUGGAAAAAUUUAUUGUAGUGAAAGAUUUCAUGAAAAAAGUUCCUCGUUUCGGUCUUACCGGCCGUAAAGUGGAAUUUAAAAUAAAACCAGUGCCCAAUGGUGAAGAUCCUAUUAAAUGGACGAAGGGGGCCAUAGAAGAUAUUUUGAAGAAAGGGGUCGAGGGCGUAGCCCCAAGUGAUCAAGUGGGCAUAAAUUUCUGUUCCAAAGACUUUACAAGGGGCGAUGGAUGGAUCAAUUUCAAACCGGCCAGCGGUGUAACUUUCGACGAUGUGUGGAAAAUGAUAUCGGGUAUUUAUCAAUCGAAUAGUGCCGGGUUAAACACCGAGACGUUCUGCCUCGGUAUUACCAGCGUUCAAGUACCGGCUGGAAAAGGACGAGGUGGAAAAUACAAUACUUUUAUGGAGGAAUGCGGGAUGCGGAAGGGGAUUGUUGCCAUAAAUAAUAAAGACAACAUGUGCCUACCCCGGGCACUAGUUGUGGCUAUUGCGCACGCUGAUAAGGACCCCAACUAUACGAAAAUCAGGAGAGAUAUUGGGAAGAUCCAAACGGAGAAGGCUAGGGUUCUGGCGGAGGAAGCAAACGUCGUUAUCCCUAAUGAAGGCGCAGGUAUACCAGAAUUGGGCAAAUUCCAGCAGUAUUUGGUAGAUUACCAAAUUGUGGUGUAUCAGUACGGAUCCAAAGGCCGGGAUUUAGUUUUUAAAGGCGAAGAAAAAACGAAAAAGCUCCACCUGCUUUACCAUCAACACCACUACAACGUCAUAACAUCAUUGACGGCGGCGUUUUGUUGUGAUUAUUAUUGUGAAGAGUGUAACGUUCCUUACGACCAUAAAAAAGACCAUAGGUGUGGUGGUACAUGCGCCGGCUGCUACCAAAACCCCUCAUGCCCUACAGACAAUAUGAAAAUCAAGUGCCCAGACUGCCUACGUUCGUUUAGAGGCCCGAUAUGUUUCGAGAACCACAAGAAGCCCGGUUCAUACGGUAAAAGUUCGGUAUGUGAAAGUAUAAGGAAAUGCCCAACGUGUCUCAUUGUCGUGAAAUCAGAUCGACCACAUAACUGCGGUGAAAAGUAUUGUUCGAUUUGCAAGAAACACCAACCGCAACCGCACCAUUGUUACAUGCAGCAGGAUACAGGGUGUCCCAGUAUGAAGAACACGCUGUUUGUUUUUUACGAUCUGGAAACGAGGCAGGAAAAGAAGCUGGAAGACGGAACCAUACUUCAUGAACCUAACCUAUGUGUUUAUAGAAAGGUUUGCGACAGGUGUAUUGACAAAAACAACAGUGUUGUGUGCCAAAAGUGUGGGGAAAGACAAAAAGUUAUUAAAGACAAUGUAAUAGCGGUAUUAUUAAGGGAUAUUUUAGUACUUAGGAAACAAUUCAAGGAUGUGGUGGUGAUAGCACAUAAUGGCGGAGGGUUUGACCACCAAUUUAUCCUAGACUAUAUUCUCCAGCAAACAGACCUGACACCUGAACUUAUUACCCGAGGUACCAAGUUAGUUCUCAUGUCUGCGGGCAACGUUAAAUUUCUGGACUCACUCAAUUAUUUCCCUAUGGCUCUUGCAAAACUCCCCAAAGCAUUCGGCUUAAACGAGCUGAAGAAAGGAUAUUUUCCCCAUUUAUUCAACACCGUAGGACAUCAAAAGUAUGUUGGGCCCAUGCCCUCUAUUGAAUAUUAUGAUCCCGACAAUAUGAAGGUUGAAGAUAGGGAAAAGUUCGUGAAAUGGUACCAAGAGUGUGUAGGCAAGAAUUAUAUGUUUGAUUUCGAGAAGGAGUUUGUUGACUAUUGCGUAUCCGAUGUCGAUAUUCUUACGCAAGCCUGCCUCAAAUUCAGAAAACUCAUGAUAGACGAAGGAAACGUAUGCCCUUUUACCGAAGCCUCAACACUACCUUCUGCUUGCAAUAAGAUUUUCCGUCGUAAUUUCCUCCAGCCCGAAACUAUAGGUAUCAUACCGAAAAACGGGUACAGGUUCUGCGAUAACCAAAGCAAGAUAGCUCUCCAAUGGUUAUUGUGGGUGGAACAAGAAAGAGGGGUUGAAAUCAUACAUGCCGCAAAACAACAAGAAAGUAUCGUUGCAGGGUGUAAAGUCGACGGGUAUUGUAGGGAAACCAACCAGGUGUUUGAGUUUCACGGCUGCUAUUACCACGGAUGCCCUAGAUGUUACAGGUACGACAGACAGGUACCGCUGAAAGACGACCCCACGCAAACGCUGGAUUCCCGGCACGAGAAUACACUUACGAAAACCCAGCAUUUAAUAGACCAAGGCUACGAGGUGAUUGAAAUGUGGGAGUGCGAUUUCCGGCGCAAUAUGAGUGUAGAAACCAAACAAUUUGUUGAAGACCAUCCUCUACUUAUCAAUUUACCACUAAAUCCGCGCGACGCUUUUUACGGGGGCCGUACGGAAAAUAUGAGGACAUACUACAAGUGCCGGGAAGGAGAAACAAUCAAAUACGUUGAUGUUUGUUCACUUUACCCGUGGGUAAACAAGUAUGGAAAGUACCCCGUAGGACACCCGGAAGUUAUCGUUGGUAGUGAAAAGUGCUCCAAACUUAACCUGUUUGAAACAGACGGACUAAUUAAAUGCAAAAUUUUACCGCCUCAACAGCUAACCCAUCCCGUACUACCGGUAAAAUUGAACGAUAAACUCAUGUUCGUGUUGUGUUACGCAUGCGCUAAAGUCGGGGUUAAAGACUGUGGCCAUAGCGAUGAAGAAAGGGCAAUUUGCGGUACGUGGGUGAUUGACGAAGUGGUAAAGGCGCUUGAAAAAGGAUACCAGGUGUUGGAUAUUCAGGAGGUUUGGAAAUACCAGAUAACGCAGUAUAAUCCCGAGACAAAACAAGGAGGUUUGUUCAACGGAUAUAUUAGCAAAUUCCUGAAAAUCAAACAAGAAUCAUCAGGGUGGCCCUCGUACUGUACAACGCCCGAAUCCAAAGACCAAUACGUGCGCGAAUAUUUGGCAAGAGAAGGUGUUACGCUAGAUCCAGAAAAGGUUUCUGUAAAUCCCGGCCUUAGACAGCUUGGAAAAGCAGUCAUCACAUCGUUUUGGGGCAAGUUGGGGCAGAGGGAAAACCAGGGAAAAACGGCUAUUGUGAACAAACCCGAAGCGCUGUUUUCCAUGCUAACCAAUCCUGCGACCGACGUAAAUUCCAUCCUGCCAGUGAACGACGAUACUUUACUGGUAAACUGGUCAUUUAAGGAUGAAGCAUACGAUAUUCUGCCCACGGUAAACGUCUGCUUAGCCGCCUACACCACGGCCCAAGCCCGGCUUAAACUUUAUAGCUAUCUGGAAAAAGUCGGGGAUAACGCUAUUUACACCGAUACAGAUAGCGUUAUUUACCUAUCGAAGGCAGGGCAAGAAGAAGAUAUUCCGCUUGGAAAUUUCCUCGGUGAAAUGACCGAUGAGUUGGAGGGGUAUGGCGAGGGUAGCUACAUUGAUGAGUUUGUGUCGGGAGGGCCUAAGAACUACGCCUAUAGGGUAUAUUCUCCUAAAUCCGGGGAAUAUUCCAUAACGUGCAAGGUUAAAGGUCUUUCCCUAAACUACAACGCCUCUCAAACCAUCAAUUUUGAAACCAUAAAAUCCAUGGUUUUAACAGAGCAGCCCGAACCUAUUCCAAUAAUAUACAGGCAGAUACGGAGAACAGCUGAUCACAAGGUUAUCACAACACAGCUGACAAAACUCUACAGACCGCUUUCCACCAAACGGAAAUUCGACGAGGAAGGUCACUCGUUACCGUUUGGAUAUAAAAAAGCUAGACUGUAG